AUGCCCAUCGAACACGUUCACCUCAUCUGGUUCAUGCUUAGCAUGUCACCCCGAUUGUGCCACCUGUUCUGGCGGCUCGUUCAAUCAAUGCUCCAGCUGCAACUCCGAUCUCCCGGUCCUUACGAAUGGACGAUGCCUAUCCACAUGCGCUCAGGACCAGUUCUUCGACUCUACAUCUUCUACCUGUCAAUCCUGCGAUUCAAGUUGCUCCAGCUGUUCAGGGUCAGGUCCCACAGUGUCGUGCCAGGACUUGGGAUUUGCCUGUCUGAUCUGGUUCAAACGACAACAUCCGGAAGCGCCGCUAUCCCAACGAUCACCGGCAUCAACAGCCCCGCGACGAGCACCACUAGCAGCUCGCAUCUGGCAUGGUGGGAGAUCAUGCUCAUGGCGCUCGGUUGUGCAUUCAUUUUUCUAGUCAUUGUCGUAACAUGGAGGAAUCGCAUGCGCCGAAAGCGCGCUCAGGCCACUGCCGCGUUCGCUACGGCCAAACGUCUCAAUCCGUCACGCAGCUGGCGUUGGCGCAUCGCGCGCUUCGGAGAACGUCUCUUUGGGCGUGCACCGCGCCAGCGGUGGACUCCGCCUGAGGAUAUGGAGGAGGUCAAGUUGGACAAGCUACGCGCGGCAGAGGAGGCACGCCACGACCGCGCGUUGGAGAAGCGGGACGAGUACGAGUAUGGCUCGCGUCAUGAGCCCUCGCCGCUCCCAUCGCUGUAUGACUACUACACCGACUCACACGGACAGGCUAAGCAGCACGGCGACCGGCACUCGGCGGUGUCACUUUCACAGGGCUCGCUGUACACACCGAUUACGGGUGUGCCGCGACGCGCGCCGGAGCCGCGCCAGCCGACGAGGAAUCCGCGAGAUUUGUUGCCGUCGCGUUUCUCGGACACGACGCUCGGUUCGCACGACGCUCGCGAGCGUGAACGCGCUAGCGCCAGGACACCGGCGCAGGAGUACGCUUGGUCUGUCACCCAGGCACAGGACAUGCCGCGGGGAUCGUACUGGCUCAAGCCCACGUCUACAGGCUCAACAAACCCGUUCCGCCGAUGA